UUGCGAUGUCAUGAAGAAGUUGAGAUGGUUGAAUCCAGGGUUCAACGGCGUUGCGUUGUACUAGCCGGCAGGUCAACCCGUGCUAGUCUGAAUCGGGACAUUUGUUUUUGUUUGAACCAGGGACAAGCGCGAACCUUUAGUAUCUUCCACUCUUGCGUUCACACGACACCGGGCAUCAUGGAAUCGUACAACUUGAAGACGGCGUCGACAUAUAUCAACAAUCUGCUGCUAGCACGCGGGCUGCUGCGCGAUGGAAAAUCAAUCGAGUUUGCGCAUCCGUCGCGAGGGGCCGGCGGGAAAGAGGUUACCAUGGCCCAGAUUAUCAACUUAGUUCACGACCUCAUCCUGAAGCGCGAUCGCGACCAAGAACAUCGCGAAGCUGUCGCAGCAACCAUCCGCGCCUCACGCUCCGAAGCAACUCGUCUCACACUCGCCAUUGAGAAACUUCAAACCCGCAAUGACGACCUUUCUCGCCAAAUUUCGCUCGCACAGUCCCAGGAACGCUCCGCUCGCGCCGCCCUCCGCACCGCUGAAUCGACCUCACGAACUUUGCGCGAAGAGAUGGUGAGACUCAAGUCAACCGUUCAACAGGUCCGGACGAGCUGCGCCAACGACAUACGAAAGCGCGACGUGCAGCUACAGAGGUUGAAGGGCCAUCUGACUAGUCAACAACGCGGCAAUCAAACAAGGGUCGUAGGCGCAAGCAUCACGAUAAACCCAGGCGCAUCGGUGGCAAAUUUGACCAACGGGGGUAGAGAUGAAGGACCAGACGUGGAGGAUCCUGAAUACACCUUGAAGCAGGAGACGACCGAGUUUCUCACGCAACUAAGUCAAAGUUUAAGCGACGAGAAUGACAAUCUGAUCGGCUUGGUGCGAACCACCAUCACUACACUCAAAGAGCUGCAAGGCAUGCCGGAAGAGUCAAGACAGCAUGGCGAAGAUCUCUCAACCAUUGGAGAGGAAGAUGAAGUCACACGACAGAGCAUGCUACAGGCGCUCCCCACCAACUACGAAACUUUGGCAAGCGACUUGGAUACUGUACUGGACAAUCUGAAGAAUCUCCUGACCAACCCCAACUUUGUGCCGCUCGAGGAGGUUGAAUCGCGGGAAGAAGAGAUAGUGAGGCUCCGGGCGGGUUGGGAGAAGAUGGAGAUGCGCCUCAGAGAAGCGUUUGCCAUGAUGGAGACAUGGCGGAAACGUAUGGCUAGUGGCGGCGACACCAUCAACCUUGCAGAGCUCAAGUUAGGCUUGGGACUCGGUGUAGGGUUAGAAACGGUGAACAACGAGGACAUCUCAAUCAUGUCUGACGGGGAGGUGGAAGAAGAAGACGACGACGACAGCUCCGUAUUUGACGAGGAGCCAGAUGACAUAGAUCACUCAGAGAGACUACCUUCGCCCGAAGCUGAUGAGGUCCCGGUCAAAACUAGCGGCGCAGAUUUGUUCAAAGUCAGGUUGCAGCCAAACCCGAUGGCCUUGAGGGAGGGUAAUGGGAACACGCAAUCUCCCACGAGAUCUCCCACAAGGUCUCCGCGGAAAGUGGCUUUCUCCGCCUCUGUUCCCAACACACCAGAGCUUGAGAAUGCUUCUGCGUCUGGGCUGGACCUAGUUGGUGCGGAGAAGUCUGCUCAAUCCACACCCUCCUCCCAUGAUCGCAUGUCUAGAGCAACCAGCCAAGACGAACGUACUCCACGACAUACUAAAAAACGAGUGUCGAGCCCUCAUGCUCACCCGGAUGAGCCAUCACCCAAACUCACUGUACAGGAUAAACUCAAGGCAGCCCAAGUGGAAGCGGAAGCAGCCGCUGUGGUGGAGGUAAUGAAGACCAAAGCGAAUGGAAGCAAGCAAAAGGAGGAGGAGGAAGAGACGGUGGAGCGCGAGAAAAGACAGCGGCGUCCCAGUCGGUCCUCGCCGAGAAAGACGCGCAUGGGUGGGCGACCAAAACGGAGAAAGAAUGGGCCACCUUGUACGAUGCAGGAAGAAACUUGUUUAUGCGGAGUUGAUUACGAUUCACGGCCGGUGUCUGUCUUAGCAUUAUGUAUCGUUUAA